AUGGCUAGCAAUGAAAGCGAAUACAUGCUUGUCCCUCAUAAACAUAAAAUCAAUUUCUACAAAACCACAAAACUUCGUGUAUCCAAUGAUUUUGUUGAUACAGUAGAUCCUUAUCAUUUUAUCUCUUUCCCAGAUUUGCUAGCCAUGAACUUUGACACUCAUGUUGCAUUUGAUUUUCUAGGUGAAGUUGUGUCAACUGAUCCCAUGCAAGUCAUUGUUGAGUAUGGAAGAGAGAAAAGGUUAAUGAAUCUAGUUGCUCAGGAUUUAAGUGGUACGAGAAUUGCAGUCACUUUGUGGGGCAGUUUUGCAAUGAAACUGAAUACUUACAUUUCACAACAUAAUAAUGACACUGCUCCUCCUCAAGUUGGUAAUUGUUUGUUUGGGUCUAGAUUGCAUAUAAAUGAUGAUAUGCCUCGGAUUUUGGAGUUCAAAUCAAAUCUUAAUGCUUUGGAUACGAAUGUUGAGUCUUCUAGCCGUACAUCCCAGCUCAACUCAGAUACCGUUGUGGCUAAUCCAGAGGAUUACUACCCCCGUUUUCAGAUAAAAAACAUUUAUGAAAUUCCUGAUUUUACUGAGGAAGUUGGUUUAACCAUUAUCACUACUAUCAUUGGUUUUGAUAUGGAUGAUGGUUGGUAUUCAUUUUAUUGCCGUGAUUGUUCUAAAAAAGUUACUAAAAAUGAUGAUGAUGUUGAUGCUGACCCUUUUCACUGUGAUGGUUGUGGAUUUGUCUCGGAUGUAUUUGGAAAGAUUAUGAUAGUAGUUCGUGUGCAAGAUGAAAGUGGCUCUUGUUCGUUUGUAUUGUUUGAGCGUCAUGUAAAAGAUCUUAUUCAUCGUGGAAACCAAUGGUUGAUGGACAAAAUAGCUAAGAUUUCCAUGUUCAAUCUACAGAACAACUAUCGUGCUUACACUGUGCAUAAGUUAACUGAUGAUGAAAGGGUUCUUGUUGAGGUGACAAAACGGUCACCAAAUCAUCAACAUGAUAAUAUAAAUAAUAAUGGUACUCCUAUUAACAAGCCAAAUAAGGAAAAUACUAAUUCUGUGCAUGAUGACAAUCUUGAUGUUGUUGAUCUUGAAGCUGUAACACCAUCAUCGAGUACGGGGAAGCGCCCUAUUGAGAUUGAUGCCAACACUGACUCUUUGGAGUGA